CGUUAGAGGUACUAAUGAUUACUCGGGCUUCUACUUCUUCAAAGUCGCACUUGGACAUUUUCUGUCACGCACUUGGAUAUGCUGGCGGGAGCACUACACUGCUGACUACACCACUGUUCGGAUAGCCCCACUUCUCCGCAUCGAGAGUGGACAAGUGUCGGUCGGACCUCUCUCCAUCAACAACUUCAUCAAGGAGUUCACCGCGAAUCUUACGAUAGUUUCCCAUCGCCGACAACGGAAUUACUGCUCAAGUUCAACAAGUUCCGAUUAUCAUCAUCGACAACAGGGACUGAGACAUUAGCAAACCGCUUAGCCCAUCAUGGCCAACUCAGGUCAAGAACACGAAAUCCAUUACAAUCUCGUCGAGGACGAUGAGUUCGAUAUCGUGAACAUCGUUGUUGAAGGCCUCAAUGAAAUCCCUGGCGCCAGUGCACCAUCCGUGUCCGCUGGUGUGGGAUUGAAGUCUCCAAAUUCUUCUCAACCACGCAUUCCAGGGCGCCCUCUUUCCCAAAAGUGGCUUCAUGAGAAGCUCGGAAAGUAUCCAGCCAAAACCCAUGUACAAAAGGUGAUGGAGGAGCUUGAUGCGCCCAAGAGCGGUCUCAUCUACCUCCGUGGCUUCGAUGAGCCGCUCUAUCCAUACUCCGACCAGGGACCACCAUUUCGGCAGCAGCGACACUUCUUCUACCUCAGCGGCGCCGACUUCCCCGGUUGCGCCGUCACCUACGACAUCCCCCGCAAGGAGCUGAUCCUCUGGAUCCGCCGUAACGACCCACGUUUGUCGCUGUGGUACGGCACCACCCCCUCCAUCGACGAAACCAAAUCCAAAUCCGACGUCUCCGACGUCCGCUACAUCGACGACCUCACCGCGUACCUCCACGCCGUCCUGACCCCCGAAACCGGCGGCGGACCUCUCUACCUCCUCUCCCCCGACCAACUCCCCAAACUCUCGCCUUCGCCACCGCAAUCCAACCUCUUCAAGGGCCUCCAUGGAUCUGGAUCUGGAGGACUAAAAGUCGACACCAUCUCCCUCCUCCCCGCCAUCGAAGCCGCGCGCGUGAUCAAAACCCCGCACGAGAUCUCUCUCAUCCGCCGUGCCGUGAGCCUCACCUCCACCGCGCACAAGAUGGUUCUCCAGCGCAUCAAACACCUCACCAACGAGCGGGAAGCGCACGCCGUCUUCGAAGGGUUCUGCAUCUCGCAGGGCGCGCCGCACCAGUCGUACGCGGUCAUCGCGGCUUCGGGACCCAACGCUAGCACGCUGCACUACGACGCCAAUGACCAGCCGCUGGAAGGGAGGCAGACGAUGUUGUUGGAUGCGGGCUGUGAGUGGGGGUGUUAUGCUAGUGAUGUUACGCGCACUUUUCCUAUAAGGGGACAGUGGACGAAGGAAGGGGAGGAGAUUUAUAAAGUCGUGGAGAGGAUGCAGAGGGAGUGUAUUGAUGCGAUCAGACCGGGGAGGUUGUACUACAAGUUGCAUUUGGUGGCGUGUUUGAUUGCGGUUGAGGAGUUGAUGAAGUUGGGGAUCUUGUAUAACGGGACGAGGGCGGAGAUUUUGGCUAGGGGAACGGUGGCGGCGUUUUUCCCCCAUGGGUUGGGGCAUCAUGUGGGUUUGGAGGUACAUGAUGUUAGUGGAAGGGAGAGGUUGUUGUUGUCUGGGUCUACGGCCUCUUCUUCAGGCUUGAAUAAUCAAGGAGUUCCGGGGGUUUCGGUUUCAGGAUCAAGAAGGCGCAUGAAGAGGGAACAAGUCACCCCCGAGGACUUGGCGGCCAUCUGUCGCGAGGCGAUGAUGGACAGGGACGAUGUUGAGCAGAACGUCGUCGGACCUCCACCUUACAAGGGGAGACAGAGACUUAAAGAGAACAUGGUCGUCACCAUUGAACCUGGAAUCUACUUCCACCGCCCCUACAUCCAAUCCUACUUCCUCUCCAACCCGUCCCACGCCCAGUACAUCAACACCAAGGUGCUAGACAAGUACUGGGACGUCGGCGGCGUGCGCAUCGAGGACUGCAUCCUGGUCACCAAGGACGGGUACGAGAACCUGACGACGGCACCCAAGGGGAAGGAGGCUUUGAAGAUCAUUAAUGCGGGUAUUCCUGGUUUUGGUGGCGGUGGUCACACUGGCGCCGCCGCUGGCGGGAACUCGUAGAGGUAGGUAGGCGCAGGAAGGGUUUGAAGUGAGAGAAAUGAGGAGAGAGAGGGGGGGGUGCUUCUUCUAUGUAGUUGUGAGGUAUGGCAUUGCAUUGCUGUGAUACAUAUUCUAGAUGCUCUGUCCUGGUUAAGGUACUGAGAUUUCCUAGUGUCAGCUUCUUCUUUUACAAAAUCUUUAAAACGGACCUACCUACCUUAUAUAAGACAACGUGCCAAGUUAACGAAAUCAAAUCAAAUUUGCAGAUGGGACUUCAUACCGAUUCAGCCACUUUUCG